AGGUCAAAGACUGGGUCAGAAAAUUCAGAAUAUGUUCUCUUGCAUUUCCACUAAAAAUGCUCCAAACUGAUCGGAAAUUCGAUCACGUGUCUUCCAUACCUGCUUAAACCAACCUUCUCCUUCCAUUUUAUCUAGGCCUUCAAAUCCACACCCUUUUCUUUCUGUUUUUUAAUCUCAAAUUCUGGGAUAGAUGUUAAAGCUCAGAACUCCCAUGGCGUCUCAGUGAAAUAUCUGUCAUAAGAUUUGUGUUGUUGAGACUUAGGUUGGAAGCCAAGGGAAAAUGUCUUUCAGUGGGACAACACAGAAAUGCAAGGCCUGUGAUAAGACUGUCCAUAUCAUUGAUACAAUAUCAGCUGAUGGAAUUGCUUAUCAUAAGACCUGCUUCAGAUGCAGUCACUGCAAUGGACCUCUUGUGAUGAGCAACUACUCUUCCAUGGAUGGAGUCUUGUACUGCAAGCCUCAUUUUGAGCAGCUCUUCAGGGAAUCUGGCAGUUUGAGUAAGAAGUUCCAAUCAUCUGGCAAGGCAGAUCUGUCCAGGACUCCCAGCAAACUCUCCUCCAUGUUCUCGGGGACCCAAGACAAAUGCUCCUUGUGUAAGAAAACCGUAUACCCACUUGAGAAGGUGACGGUGGAGGGAGAAUUUUACCAUAAAUCAUGCUUCAGGUGUUCUCAUGGGGGUUGCUUCCUCACACCCUCAUCCUAUGCCGCUCUAGAUGGAAUCCUCUACUGCAAGCCUCACUUUACUCAGUUGUUCAGGGAGAGAGGCAGCUACAGCACUCUCAACAAGACUGCUUCAAUGAAGAAAAGUACUGCUGCGGCGCCAUUGCCGGACCAGAACUCUGGACAAGAACAGCUGGCCACCACGCCGGAGGAAGAUCCAACCCCAGGAUCAGAACCAGAGCCUGGCCACACCCAAGAACAAUCAUAAUCUGCUUUUCAUAAUUAAUCUUUGAUUUUUUUUCCCUGUUAUUUAUUUAUUUAUUCAUUUUUACCAAUUCUUGGCAUAUGUUUAUUUCUGUAAUUGACUUUAGGCCUCAUGUCAUGUUUGUAAUUGGGCUUUGGAGUUGUUUUGAUAGGAAAGCAAAACCAAGAUUUUCAA